AUGGUAGGAGAGAGAGCGUCUGGCAAUUCAGGAGAGAAUGGAGCUAUGGUUGUGGAGGAUGAUGAUGGAGGUGCUCGAGAAUCUCUAGAUUGUGGUCCAGAAGGUCCUCCACAGGAUGAAAGGCACAAGGGUGCAGAGCCGAUUCAAGUAGGGAGUAAACGACGAGUAGUGAUCCCUCAGAGAGACUAUGAAUCGAAGAGACAAAACUUCCGUUUUGCCUUAAUCAGAAUGGUUAACUUCCGGUUGAUUUCUUUGGAUGCCUUGAGAGGGGAGGCUCGGGAAAAAUGGAACCUAAGUCAAGGGGUGCUAAUGCAUCCGUUGGAAAAAGGAUAUGUUAUCUUUCAAUUUCAAUGUGAGGGCAACAAGACAACAGUGUGGCGAAGACCACCCCAUAGGGUUGGUGAUCAAGUUAUUCGAUUUCAAUAUUGGAAGCCUGAAUUCAAUAUUCAAGAGAAGCAAUCCUUUACAAAACUUGUAUGGAUACGUUUUCCAGAUCUUCCGCUUGAAUAUUGGCACGAAAAUGUACUAUUGUCUAUUGCAAAGGCGGUAGGGUGCCCUGUUGCCUUAGAUAGACAGACAAGACAAGGCCUUCUCGGCUAUUUUGCGAGGGUGCUAGUGGAGAUUGACAUCUCUGGCUUGGCAAUGAGGGUGGAGAAAGUUCAGGUCGAAAGAUUUGAACCAAGCACCUCUCAGGUGUACGGUUUUUGUCAAAAGGUUGUAUAUGAGGAUAAUGUGGAACGCUGUGGCCACUGCAAGCGAGUAGGCCACUUGAUUUCCAAAUGUAGGCUAAAGAAAUUGGAUGACGAAAAGCAGUGUGCAGCUGAGAAAUUAGCCGAGGUCCCAAGGGCGGUAUAUGCUGUAGAGGAUGGAGUUGACUCAACUAGGGCCAACUCGGUGGAUCGGCUUUCUCCUAUUUUGGAAGGAAAUUGA